CUUAAAUUACGGCCCAAAUCUUCUUCAUUGCUAUGCAUAUGUUUUUGGGUUACAAGCAAUUCCUACUCCACUAUAGCGUGUCCCUUAAAAAAGACAACCUAAACUAUUGCUAAGGCUGGGAGGCCUCAACACAAAAAAUAUUCCAAUUUAAUUCCCUCACUAUCAAACUGUCACACAACUAUAUAAGCAGGCUACUGCUAACCCAAACCUCCCAAAUGCAUCUCUCUCUCUCUCUGAUAUUUCUUUUUUCUGAUCUUUUCUUUGAAUGAAAUUAGGAUGGCAACUUUAAGUACAGCGAAGAUGACAGAAAAGAGUGAACAUAAAAAAGGGCUGUGGACAGUGGAGGAGGAUAGAAUUCUGAUGGAUUACAUCGGGGUGCAUGGCAAAGGGAAAUGGAAUCGGAUAUCCAAAGUUACAGGCUUGAAGAGAUGCGGCAAAAGCUGCAGGUUGAGGUGGAUAAAUUAUCUUAGUCCUGGUGUUAAACGUGGAGAUUUUUCUGAGGAAGAAAAUGACCUUAUCAUUCGCCUUCAUAAUCUCCUUGGCAACAGGUGGUCCUUGAUAGCUGGUCGCGUGCCCGGAAGAACAGACAAUCAAGUAAAAAACCAUUGGAACACUCAUUUGAGCAAGAAGCUCGGGAUCAAAAAGGGAAAAAAUAAGGAUAGCGCUUCUUCACAAAUUUUGUCUAAAGAAUUUAAGCAGAGUUGCAGUACAGCGAGGGAUCUAAAUUUUACAAUAUCCCACAACUAUGAUGGUGGAGGUGUAAGCCAAAAGGAGAUCACUGGAGAAGGGGAAACGCAAAAUGCAGUUGAUUUUAAGGAUGCACAAGAGCUUAUUACACAGAGUGAUGAUGACUAUGAAAACUCUAGUUGGUUUUUUCAGAGCGAUCUAAAGUUGCAGACACCUAAUGUAAUGGAGUUCCCAGACGAGUCGCUUGAUUUUUUUUGGCAUGAUUUGUAA